AUGGACGUAUGUCAUCUUAUUCUCGGACGCCCGUGGCAGUUCGACGUAGGGGCUAUUUACGAUUGUCGGGCUAACACGUACGCAUUCGAUUGGAAGGGAAGGAAAUUGAGGCUACUUCCACGUACGGCGAAAAACGAAGUGAGUAAGACAAGCCCAAAGACUGCCUUAUCCAUAGUUUCAGAGAAGACUCUACUCAACAUGUGGCGGGAGUCCAAUUCUUUGAUGAUGUUGGUGGUGCAAGAGCCAAACAGCGACAAUGAUGUGGUGAUCGAGUCUCCAGAAGUUCAGUUGCUGCUUCAGCAGUUUGCAGAUCUGUGCCCACAGGAAUUACCGAGCGAGCUGCCACCUAUACGGGCUAUUCAACACCAAAUUGAGCUAAUACCGGGAGCAACAUUGCCAAAUCUAUCACACUACAAAAUGAGUCCAAGUGAACACCAGGCCCUGUAA